GCGCGUAACGUGGAACAAGCGAAUAUUGGGAGGGCGGGAGUAGAAGGUGUCUUAUUGGAUUGCAUGAUUGACGGGCCCACAGCCAUCAACGGACACUAUAUUUCACGCAUAACUAUAUUAUAUUUUUCAUUAUAUUAUUAUUAGCAUCUAUGUCAAUCUCUCUCUAGAGAUAGGUAGAAAAGCAGAAAGAUAAAUAGAACAGGGCAUACUAUUGGCAACUCCCGUCGCCGCAUUGUCACGGCGACGAGGCCGCGAAAGGUUGAAGAGAAAGCGAGAGAAAGCCACCUGCGCGCAUGCGUAGAACCUGAUCCCGGCUGCUGUCUUCUAAAGGAAGAAGGUGUGGCCUCCUGCACUGGGAUCUUCUCCAGCUGCAUUCUGACUGGCAAGAGGAGCAGCUGAAGCCUAUUCCUCAGAGGCGUGCGGCUGGGAAGCCUCUGUUGCGUGAGUCAUGCUGAGGAGUUUUGGCUGGCUGGCGAAGGGGCUGGCUCGCUGGACAGCCCCGAGAUGUGGUCGUCAAGCAGCAGCGUCUAAAGGAGCCUUGUUGGGUUCCUCCCGCGUGCAGUUGUGGAAUGCCACAGCCCGGUUCCACGAGUCUGAGCAGGCAAAGGAUUAUGCCCUCCCCAACUCUAGCUGGAGAAAAGACAUGGUGAAUGAGUUUAACAAGUUCAUGGAGAUGGUGAAAGGCGGAACUUGGAAAAAGCUGCCUUCAUAUAGAAAUAUUGUGUACUAUGCUCCAGAACGGAUGAGGCAAGGAAAUGAGCCAAAGAAGGACAGAGCCACCCGUCUCUUCCUCAGGAACAUCGACGACGAAGGCAUGGGCUUUGAAUACGCGAUGUUCUUCAACCCAUCGGAGAAAAGGAUGGUGUGCAUGUUCCAGCCCGGUCCCUACCUUGAGGGGCCUUCGGGGUUUGCACACGGCGGCUCCAUCGCCACCAUUCUCGACGCCACCCUCGGGAAGUGUGCCAUCCAAGUUGCGGGCAUGGUGAUGACUGCUCAUCUCAGCAUCAACUAUAAGAGCUCUCUUCAUCCAGCUGCAGGCACAGGACAUCACCCAGCUGCAGACAAAGAGCUUCAUCCAGCAACAAUUACCUUCCAGUUGUGCCUGAGGAGGCCCAGUCCUUCUAAAGCCGGUCACAUCAAAGAGAGCCAGGCAGUUUCCCAGUCUGGCGCUCUCCCACCCGGGAGCUGACCUCCUCAACAACGUUUCAACUCCCUCCAGAACCAUCUCUGCAUACCUUGGCAAAGGUGUGUUCCUCUCCACCUGUUUGAAUCCAAGGCAUGCCUCUCUUCCCUGCCUGACAUCUAGCCAAAGUUGUCCUCCUGGGAGCUGUUUCUUUUUGCGCGGAGCAGUCGGUGCUGGAACGUGGCAGCUGUUUUACAAAUCCAGCCUCGUGACGCAGUAUUACGCUUCCAGGGGAUGUUCUCUGGCCUUUGCCCAGCUCAGCCGAGAGCCCUCUGCAACCGCCGAAGUUUCCCCACAUCCACUGCUUAGCAGAUGUCUAAGCCUUCCCUGUCUCCUUCAGAAAACAGGCUGCCUCUUCCAGUUGGGAAACCUGCCUUUUCCCCUUUUGCGGAAAUGCUGCAGUCCUGGAAGCUAGUUCCUGGAAAUGUUGGGUCUUUUGUACAGGCAAGGCAGCUGGUUCUUCCAGAGCGAAUGAUUUGGACCAAACAGUGUUGUUGAUGCUUCCGCUUCUUAACCACACUGUCAUUUUUGGGAUGAAUAAGGUGGUUUUGAUAUAAAAGGCAUGUUUAGGUCUUGGAGGAAAUGUCUAAUAAGCAGAGUAAUAUAUUGGUA